AAUAGACCAUUAUUACGUAAUAAUGACUGAGUUUGUGUUAAUUGGGGUUCCGGACUCUGAAAUGAAACAAAACCAUGCGAGUUGGUCAACCAAUAAGAUUGGUGGAUUUCCGGACUGGAUGAGCAUUGUUACAUCACAACCGAGUUGUUCACGAUGCAGUAAAGCACAAAGAUUCAUGCUCCAAAUUUAUUGUCCAUUGGAAAACUCGAAAUAUCAUCGAACACUUUAUGUUUUCUGUUGCACGCAAAAGCAGUGUUGGAGUGAUAGUAGCGGUUGGAAAGUUUAUCGAGAUCAAAUGAUGGAAAAAGUUGAAGCUGGUCCACCUAUUGUUAAGGGGUCAACUGAGGGUGAAAGUUGGGGAUUGGGUGAUGAUGACUGGGGUGAUGAGGGUUUCCCCUCACCCACUAAUGGGGAUUUCCCUGUUGCGGAACAAACAUGUGAACCUGAACAACAAAUGAAAGAUGAGAAGCCACUUGAAUCCAUUGUUACAUCACUAUCAACACAACAAACAUACAAUCCUCGCUACAUCGACGUUUUCAACGAGUCUGACCUCAUCUCUCCUCUAGAGGGCGACAAACACAUCGCGGAUUUGAUCUCGAAAUAUGAAACAUCCGCGAGCCAAAGUAAGGAUGAAGAUUUAUUCGCUGGUUGUUCGGCUGCCACGGAAACUUAUGAAAAAAAUGAACAGAAAGUGAAAAAUCGAGCUUUUCAUAAAUUUCAUAAAAAAAUUUCAUUGUUGCCUCACCAGUGUAUACGUUACAACUAUGGAGGUUCUCCAUUGCUCCUGAGUGAUUGUGAUGUAACAAUGAGCAUUCCUCCUUGCUCCUCUUGUGGGAAAAGUCUCACUUUUGAGUUCCAGCUGCUACCUGGGUUGUUGCCUACCGUGCAUAUAGAUGGAGAAGAUCCCGUAGAGUUCGGUACCAUCCUCGUUUACACUUGUUCUCACAAUUGUUGGGGUAACCGGGAUUCCCCCCAAAUUGGGGGCCACGUGGUGUAUUGUCCCGACCCCGAUUUAAAAUUUUUUAAAUCUCAAAAAUUUAAUGAAAAAAUAAAGAAUUCUGGUGUAUAGAAGAUGUCCAUGUUAUAACUCGACUGAGCAUAAGGUGCAUGAACAACACUAAGCAUUAAACUUAUAAUUUAUUAAUAUACCCUUUUCCAUUAAUAAGGCAUCAUUUAAAUUUCAUUCGCCUAUUUAUAAAAUCGAAAUAUCAAGAAUUAUAAAAAAUUAAUUCUUCUAAUUGA